AUGGCUUCAGUUGUGGUCUUCCUCGGGGCCCUCUAUGCGUACUUUGACCAGGAGUCAACCCCCACCGCGACAUCCGCCAACACAUGGCUGGUGUACCUGUUGCUACAUCUCGAAAUAGUGCUCAUGGUCUUGUCGCUGGGCGUCUUCAUCGUAGCUUCCAUCGGCUUUAUUGGGGCUCUGCGUGAGAACAUUGAGCUAUUGGAUCUGUACACCACGUUGCAGGGGUCGUUCAUCACCACCGAAGCGGUCUUCAUCGUCAUGCUAUUCUUCCUACCCAUAAUCGGGCGCGAGUUUGUCAUCUCGCACAUCACGACCGAAUUCAUCGUCCACUAUCGCGACAAGCUGGAUUACCAAAGGGAGAUCGACUACGUGCAGUCGUCACUGCACUGCUGCGGUAUGACGGAUAACUCGUAUCGGGACUGGAACGCCAACCCGUACUUCAACUGCAGCCCAACCAAUCCCAGCGCAGAGCGUUGUUCGGUGCCGCCUUCGUGCUGUCGGAUAACGGAAGUACCGGACAUCGUCGAUUACAAUAGCGGCACGGGCGCUCAUGAGGCAGAGCCAGUAAAGGCUUCCAAAAGUGGUGCUCCCGAAAGUGCAGGUGCGAGUGCGGAUGGCGACGUCUACGUCACUACACUUUGUGGACGAGGAGUAAUGAACCUCAAGGAGCAGGACGCCUGGAAGGGGUCUCAAACUGCUCUCAGCUAUAGCGGGCUCCGAUAA